AUGGCCCUUAUGAUAUGUUUACUUAUUCAACACAAUUACGUAAUACCCUCGAGUUCUCCACCAGCCAUCCCAACAGCCAUUCCUUAUUCUCCUUUGGGUGACUACUGGCCAGCGUGGCGAGUAGGGAUAGUGGACGUCUUGAGUAAUGUUGUUGUCCACAGGAGUGAAUGCCGGUCAAAAUACUCAAGUCCUGUAUUCUGGAAGCGCCGGCACAGGACUAUAUUCACUGAAGAACAGUUGGAACAGUUGGAGGCAGCCUUCGAUAAGACACACUAUCCCGACGUUUUGCUUAGAGAGGAACUGGCGCUUAGGGUUGAACUCAAAGAGGAAAGAGUGGAAAUUGGAAGAGAUAAAUACUGUGAUAAGUUUGUGGUGCAAACACUCAAUUUGCUUCUCAAACCUCAUAGUGUUAUACAAGUUUGGUUUAAGAAUCGACGGGCGAAGUGGCGAAAGCAGCAAAGGGAGGACUCUUAG